UAGUGGCAGCUAUGCCUUAGAGACCUCACUUUGAUAGAGGAUAAAGCCUCUAUCUUUAUAGAGGACUGAAGAUCAAGGAGGCCUUUUGCCUAGAUGGAGUUGAAGAUGGAAUUUUAGAGAUGUUACCACAAUUUCCAGCCUCUACAGGAAGGCACAGGAAAGGGUACAGGGAUGAUGUGUUGCACAAAGCCGUUCUGUUUCCCCUACAUCUCCAUUUCACAGAUUUUAGGAAUGAUCAUGCUUGCUAGUCAUUAAAAAAUAAUUUGGUAAGAGGAAUUGGCGGUGUCCCUGAAUAACCACAGAGAACUCGUAAUGCUGUUCAGUUAGAGGAAGUGAAUCAUUGAGCCAGAGUCCUGUAUAUCCAGUUGCUUCCAAGCCUUUGUUUAUUUGAGGGUCUCACUGGUACUUGAGAUUUGUUAUCAGAGCCACCUGCUCAUAUGGAAGCUUCUGUGGUUUGUUCCAACCCCACCGUCAGAACCAAAGGACUCAGAGAUAUGGGAAAGCAGAACCACCUAAAGGAGUGAUGACCAGCGAUGUCAUGGUAAAUCUGGAUGCUAGUUCUCAUGCCUCAGGACAUCCAGUUGGGAACUCCUCGCCAGCUCCUGGGAUCAGACUUCAUUCACUUACUACCCCUCUUUGCCUGAACUACGAAAGCCAGUCCUAGCUAACCACGAAUGGCUACCCAAAGGAAACACUUGGUGAAAGAUUUCAAUCCUUAUAUCACCUGCUACAUCUGUAAAGGGUACCUGAUCAAGCCAACUACAGUGACAGAAUGCCUCCACACCUUCUGUAAGACUUGUAUUGUCCAGCACUUUGAAGACAGCAAUGAUUGUCCAAGGUGUGGCAACCAAGUGCAUGAGACAAAUCCAUUAGAAAUGCUGAGGUUGGAUAACACACUGGAGGAGAUCAUAUUCAAGCUGGUCCCCGGGCUGCGGGAACAAGAACUUGAGCGUGAAUCUGAAUUUUGGAAGAAAAAUAAGCCUCAAGAAAAUGGACAAGAUGAUACUUCAAAAGUUGACAAACCUAAAGUAGAUGAAGAAGGUGAUGAAAAUCAAGAUGAUAAAGACUAUCACAGAAGUGACCCACAAAUUGCUAUAUGUCUAGAUUGUUUACGAAAUAAUGGACAGUCAGGAGACAAUGUAGUAAAGGGUUUAAUGAAGAAAUUCAUUCGAUGUUCUACACGUGUAACUGUGGGAACUAUUAAAAAAUUUUUAAGUUUAAAACUAAAACUUCCAAGUUCUUAUGAGUUGGAUGUGCUGUGCAAUGGUGAAAUUAUGGGGAAGGAUCACACUAUGGAAUUCAUCUACAUGACAAGAUGGCGACUAAGAGGCGAAAACUUUCGGUGUCUGAACUGCUCAGCUUCGCAAGUCUGCUCUCAGGAUGGCCCUUUGUAUCAGUCCUACCCCAUGGUAUUGCAGUAUCGACCAAGAAUUGAUUUCGGUUAGACCACGGGGCCUGGACCCCACGAGAGGACUCCUGCACUGUUUACUCAUCAGCAGAUCGCACAGGGAGCGGUGUGUGGACGAGGGACACAACCCGAUGUUCGGCAUGCAAAUAAGGCCACUGUCCGUCUCUAAACUGUCAGCUGCAUUUAUGUUGUUUCUAUUAGGAGCGAACCAAGUGCCAUUCUGCGCCUGCACCGUCCGCGCCCGGCAUUUGUGCUCUCUCCCCCCGCAGCCUCGAGGUGCGCGGCCGCGAGCCAGCCUCCCACAUAGUUUGCUUGCCUGUCCCAAGACCGUUCUCACGUUUGACUACACUAGUAAUAGGACUCAGUCUGUGUGGUGUUGCAGUCUUCACAUACUUAAUAUUUUAAUUUUUGUUUAAAUAGAGUACUGUACAAGAAAUAAUUAUUAUAUCUUGAAGUUCUUUUGUAUGGAAAAGUAUUUAGAAGAGUGGUUUUUGAGCCACGGUCCUGUUCUAAGCUUUUUCUGUGUGAAAUAGUUCACUCUGGAGUGUGCAAGACUCUGGGGGAAGAAUUCCAAUUAUUCUCAUCAUCCGAGCACGUUGUAGUUGUGGACAUUUUAAGUCCUCCAGCUGUGUGGUCCACCCCUGCACAGGGAGGCACGGCAGCCCUCUGCACUGAAAGUGUGUGUGACCUGGUGGACAACCGAAGUCCAGUCCAGAACCAUUGGAAGUGUUGACAGCUGGUCACACUUACUUCUGACAAAAUUACUGAAUCAGCAAGGUCAGUCUUUCGUAAUGCCUUAUGACGAGCAGGCGCUGCCUCCUGAAACACCGCUGUGUAGCCCAUUCUACGUGCGUGUCAUCCCGUUGUGGCUCCCAUUUAAUGAGUGUAAUGUCUCUCCUUUUAAGUUGGCCUUUGGUGUGUGUCACUGUGGCAUGCAGAAGGUUAUGAUGAUUUUAAAUAUUAGGAUUUUUAGAGCAGAUAACAUUAGCUAUUUUAUGGAUUUUAGAAGUCUCACGGCAAUUCUAAAUUAAAACUGUUACCCAUCACAUCUCCAAACCACAUGCAUCUAAUAGAGUAACUGCAGUGUAGUAGGUGAACAUACUAACCAAAAUCAGUGAUCUGAGGUGAUUCCGUUUUAGAGCAGGGGGAAAUGGGAUUCUUGUUUUAUACAUAAAUUCAUUAAGGUCAGAGCAGGGAUAAUGUCCUUGAUUUUGCGGUUUGGUUAAGUCUUCCAUUCAUUUUGAGAUUAGUUUGCAAGUCAAAGUCUCAUUACCUUAAGUUGUAUGAAGAAUUUUGUUUUAAACCUUUAAAAAAUUACAGUUGUUUCAAAAAAUUUUCUUUGGAAAUUAAGUUUUACUAAUAGCCUCAAAAUUAAAAAAGCUAACCUCUGAAACUUAGGAAGAGUCUUGAAAGUUAGAAAAACUGUUUUAGAAAUCUGACCCGAGCACAAUCUGUGUGUUACACACAGUUUCUAUACUGUACACGUUGUAGACGUGCUACAUUUUCCAGUAAGAUGUAUCACGGAUUAAUGCCUUCUGAAUCCCAAAAUGCUUCUUAGGAAUAAAACAUGGUACAAAUCUAGAAAACACAAAAUACAGCUAAAUCUUGAUUCUUUUCACAAUAUAAAAGGCUGAAACUUCCUAAUUACCUUUUCCAUAUGUCAUUGUUUCAAGUCAGAAAGUCUCUAUUAAAGUUUUCUGUUGUUUUUGUUUAGACUUUUGUGAAAAGGGUUACGGCAAUGCUUUCAUAAUUUCAUUUUGGUAGACUGUGUUUGUGCCUGGAAGGACCCAAAAGCAGAACUUAAAAGACAAAUUUUUGUGAACUCUUUAAAAAUGGUUAGAACAGACCAUUACAUGCAACCAGAAACAGAAUCUGCUCUGUACUUAUAGAAAUAUUUUGCUGUGCUGUGAAACCCAAUUCCCUGACAUCCCUAAGAAAUUUUAAUAUUAUAAAUUUCUCACAUCUAGGUCGGUGAUUCAAAUCGUGUUUUACAUACGGAAGUUAAUGAACGCAGAAUGAAUUGAGAGUGCACUUUAGAGCCACACACACAGGAGACCUGCAUGAGCGGGGCCCAGCCAAAGCGCAGAGCCCACAGUGAGCUGUAUACACACAUGAGCUCUCUACAUGGGGUCUGUUGCUGCCGCAUCACAUGUCAUUUUACUGUUUUCCAAGGAAAUAUAUAGGAAGCAAUUAUGGAAUUGAGAAGAGUUUUAUGUAAAAUUCCUUUAUUAAGUGUUCACAUGUUAAAAUUAGUAUGAAAAUGCAGGGGAAUUUGUGCCAAAACAUGUGAAAGGAAACCAUACGUGAAGAAGGGAUCAGUUAGCAUUUGGGGAAGCGUACAGUUUAGGACGGUCCUGAGUGAUCAGUGUUCGUAUUCAGAGCCGUAGACGUCUUCAGCCGACCUCCUGUGGUAUAGCCAACUAUCAUUCCCCAAGUGUGGGACUACUUCCGUGUCUAAGCAAUACACUAACUACCCCCCAGGUCAGCUUGUGGAAUCUGCAAGAAGCCAGAUGCAGGAAAAAUAUACAGGCGACUUUUGCAGUUAGUUUUAUAAACUUAGGGUGCUAAUAAAGCUCUUUCUGUAAGUAAUCUGCAGGAACCACCCUCUGAAUCUGCAAAAUUGGAGAAUAAAACUAAGUUUGUUUAAACCUGUUGUUUCUUAAGCAAGAAACAAAGAACCUUGCCUUCCAUAAAGGACUUUGUUAUAAAGAGAUGUAACAGGGUAAGGAAGCUUCGAUAUAAAGGACUGUGGCCACUGAUAUCACUGUCACUGAAGUAAUCACAUCAGUUAAUAGAAAGUCAGAAUAUGGCCUUUUCUCCAGAUGGAGUAUUUUUAAGAGGUAUAAAAAAUAAACUAAAAGGUUCACUGAUGAGGUAAGAUAAGGUCACUCAGUCUGGGGUGCAGGUACUUUGGGUAAGGUCUUUUAACUACUUUUAGGAAAGUGUAUUAUUUCUUUAUUCAUUGAACAUCUGUCCCAUACUGAUAGGCCACAUUUUAUAAAUGUAAUGCGUUUGCUCAACUAUAUUAUACACUAAAAGGAAAUCUAAAUUUAAGUGAUUUUGAAGGGAGAAAAGUGUGUUAUAUAAUAUUGUCAGCUCUUUAGCUUUAGUGAAAUAUUUAAGAGAAAGUGCCUCACUGCUGAAGUGUAUUUCUUUUAGAUUUGCUGCAUACGUUUUGAGUUAUCUGUACCUGUCUCUUAUGAAUGGUUUUCUAUCCAAAUAGGCGCUCAUAAGUUAGAGUAAUCGCUUUUUGAAAGAUUUUCAUAACAAGUAGAGAUCACCAAAGACAUUCUACUGUUAUAACCAUCAUGCUAGAGAGACAGUUCUAACAUUCGGAGGUUGGAAUUUUUUAGGUUGCAAUUUAAUUUUAUAUAGUUAGGCAAUAACCUUAAGUAACUGCUAAAAUAUCACCAAAGAAAGGCUUUAAACUGAUUUUUAUGGUGAGAUCAGUCAAAUGUAGGUUUUUCUUGCAAUAAAUCAGAGCACACUUCCUCUCAAAUAAUGUCCUAUGUUUUUCCAGCACCAUCUGACAGGUCUUAGGAAAUCCUCAAAGGUAAGAGAGAGAUAAACACCACAGUUAGCUCCCCAUUGGAUGCAAGGGGGAGAAAUGCAUCCUUUGAAGAGAAUACUGAAAUUCGGGCUUUUAAAUUCUAAUUUCAAAAGCUCUGUAAUUCAUUUCAUGGAGGCCAUACAAACUAAACUUCUGCUUAUUUAUUCCUAGGUUCUUAGUAAUAGGAGAAACUUCAUUACAGACAGACUUUGGUCAAAGUGCUGACAUGCUUACUUAUAUAGAAAAUAGUACCUUCUAUUGGACUUAUCUAAGUAAAUGGGGUUUUUUUGUAUUCAAAAGGGAAGUUUUCAUAAAGGCCGAUUUUUUUUUUCUUAAAAGGUUAACUCUAUCUUGUUUCUCAAUGAUUACUUUAUUGUGAUUAGAAUUUAAUUAAACAAAUUUGGCAAAAUGGGUCCCAGAUCAAGAGCGUAGACAUUAAGUGAAGCACUGCCCGUCCACCGUUCUCCCUGGGAACUAGGCUGUGGCCACCUUGAAGGUCAGACUCAAGGGAUGCAGCCUCGUAGGCCACUGGGUCACCCUCCUUGCAGGCCCUCAGCCACAGACUCUGGUUUAUCGUAGGGAACCUUCCCUCAGGCUAAGCUUGAUACCAGUAAGAGGUUGGUUGUAGGAAUUGCAAAAAUGAAUCCGUUUGCCAUAACUUUAAUCUUUUGGAUUAGAAACAAAAACAUGAAAAUGCUAUUAAUACUGUUGUAAGACAUAGAUCCUUACAGUAAGGAAUUUAACAUGCCUGCCAGAUCCGGUCUAUGGAAAAAUAAAAGAAAUAUUAUAUAUACUAGAGACUCAGAAACCCUUUGAAAGCACAAAGACAGCAUCCAAUUUUGGAUUUACUUAUUACCUAGUUCUGUAGUAUUUUUGGUGGGAAAACAUCAGAUUGAAAGGCCAUUAAGAUGUAUUUCUACAUUUACAAGGUUUUCAUGGUUUUCUUUCUCCUAAAACAGAGGCAUUUCCCCAAUAAUUUAAAAUGAUUCUCUUCCUAGGGCCACGUAGUCUUCACAAAAAGUAUAUUCACUCUGCAUCCUCACACUGGAUUUGCAAAUAGAACUAAAAUGCUUCAGCACUUCCUUUUCAGAAAGUUAUGAAAUGUAACUUUAAAAUAAUUUAUUUUAAAUGCUCAUUCCAGUAUGUAUACUCAUUAUGCUCCCUUUUCCUAGGAUUCAGUACUGAGAUAUUGUUCAGAAAUGCCUUUUAAUUUUAACUGUCUUUAAAUAUAGAAUCAAGUGAAAGAGAUCUGUUAAAAUACUGGGUCUAGUUUUCUUCCAUCUUUCAGAGCUUCAUGGACUAAGAAACUAAUCUAGUACAGACGAAGAUUAAAUAUUUCUGGGCACAUCGUGCAGACAGUAAACAGACCGUCUAUCCCUAGGCUGUAUCUCAGUCCACUGGAGCCGAAGUUCUACACGUUAGAAAUGUAAUGAGCUCAGCCUCCCAUGCUGCGGGGCUGGUUUUCUUUUGCUGUAUGUGUUAGAUGGGGAUGGGGGCCUAAGUGUCCUUACGAAGCUGUGGCCCGCGACCAGAGCUUGUGGGAGAGCGCCGGCCUUCCGCUGCCCGCCUGCCCUCCCGUCAGGCAGGACCGGCACAGGAUACACUGUACAGUUCCGUUGCUAAUUUUCCUUUGAAAUAUAAAAUAUUUUAAGCUCUUUUUGUCAAAAGUGGUAACAUCUUAAUACAAAUAAAAACCUUUUUGUGGUUGUAAGAUUUAGCUUAUAAAUCAUUCAAAUUGAAGUGAAAGAUUACCAGGUCAUUGUUAAUGACUUCGUCUAUUAAGAAUAUAUGUAUUUUUGUAAAGGAAAAGCACUUGUAGAUAUUUAAUCAGUACAAGAUAUAUGUCUGUUUUGCAGAAAUAAAAUGCUGCUUAGAGAUUCUCUUUAAAUAUUUUUUAUUUUUGUGCUCAAAUGUAUUUUCUGUUGAUCUAUGGAAUGUUCUGUAUAAAGCUGUAUGGUUGUACUGUUGGGCUAGAUUCUUUUGUUUUUUAAAAUCUGGACUUAGCCAAGUAUAUUUGACCAUGUUAAAAAUAGUAUCUUUGUUAUUAAAAUUUCAAUUGCAUAAUU